CCGUUACCGCCCGCUGAAGGUUAGACACUACUAACUCAGAAUAUUUCCGUUAAGUUCAUCGUAAAAAGAUUAUUUAAAAUAGGGGAAUUACAAUUGGUGCAAUGCGGGAAAGUUACAACGUUUGCAGUAAUGGAAAAGUCAGUUCAGAACUCUCUAAUUAUCUGCCUCUCUGAAUGACCUUGACCGCGCAAACCCACAUAUGAAAGCGAGAACUAGGCUUCUGCUUGUCAAAACUGACGGACCUUUCCGUUCCUUUUACCCUGAACGUGUUUAUGGCCUUGGGUUUUUGUUUCAGUGACAUGUGAGAUCUAAAGAUUAUUUUUGAAGCGGCCGUUCACAAUUUUUACAGUAGGCUCAGUUCUAUGUACAGAAACGUUUCAAUUCCGUUGUAUGAUUUCUGUAAGUACCCACGUCAGUACAGACUAAAGACAGGUUCAAUAUAUAGGAACAUUAUAUAACCAUCAAUCAAAUACCAGGUGAGUUUUGGCGCGUAAACAUGAUAUCUUAACACGUGAAAAGGUCACCGUUGCUAAGGCUUCAUGUAAAUCGCUACUUUUGCAGCAAAAUAGAAAUAAAUAAAUAAAUAAAUAAAUAAAGUUACAUUUGUCUUCUCAUGUUCAAAAAUACUUCACUACUAGAAGAGAAAUUUCAUAUCUCCGCGCCGCUAUGUAAUAUCCGCUAUUGUUAUAUAGCUGGAAAUUUUUUCUCAACAGCACGCGGUCUCAUUGGUUACUUCGAGGUCACAUGAUAUCUAACAAUGAAACUGUUUCCCGCCAAAAUCUCUGAGCGGCUAACAUUGAAAAAAUCUAUAACGUCGUAGGGUAACAACGCAAUGUUACCCGCGAAUGUUGACCGAUGACCGCCGUUACAGCGAGGUUUAAUGAAUUUCCAGCCUCAAAAUUUCCAGUUAUAUAACAAAUCACCUAAAGACUUGUCCCUCGGGAAACAAUAAAUUUUCCAGGGAAACAAAAUGAACUGUUUCCGUCGUGACCAGUCAUUAAGUGUUUAAUACUAUUUAUUGAGACUGGCAUUUUCUGAUCCUUUCAGGUUCUCGUUCCUACGCCCCUGUCGUAACAGUUGAGAAGUUACUUAUCCUCUUGACGUUCACUCUGGCAUGUUUCUCGGCGUUCUAAUGAACUUAUCAAUGUUAGUCAUAAAAACCACGAGAUGGAAGAGGUGCGACCAGUGUUCAAGUUUAUUGUCAGAGGACAAUACAUAGUUGAUGGCGUACUUUGGAAACCGAUUAGUAGAUAGCAAGGAAAAAAAACCCAGAUUACUUUCUGCAGCAAGAGAUAAACAAAUAGAGAUCAUUUAAUAAACAAGUAAAAAAAAGGUACUAUAAACUUAGGAACGUAGUGAUCACACUUCAAGAAAAAUUUUCAAGAACGUGAGACGAGUCGUUCGGAUAACUAUCUGUGCGCCUUUUCUUCAUGUAAAGUCGUGUUUGUUUAAUUCCUUAGGUGAUGCAUUUUUUUAUUUUUAACUCUUUUGCUCAAGCGUAUUUUCCAACCAUUGCAAGGAUUUUUUUAUAUCACAAUCUAAAAGAUUGCGUUGAAAGUGAAAUUUGCAAAAUUAUAAUUAUCAUGCUUGACUGACAGCCAGGCUAACAUAUUGUGCCACGCGUAGAAUGUAGUAGAUAGAAGCCAUAUAUAUUUAAUCGCAGCUAUUAACAUUUAGAUUUAGAUUUGAAUAUUUGAUUUCGGGCACGAAAACCAACCAGGACGUUCGAGAAACGGAUAAAAAGUUACAGUUGUAAGGCAAAAAGAUGUCAGGUUUUACUUAGCAUUAACUUUAGGCCCCUAUGAUCUACCCAAACUGCUUUGCGCGCUACUUCGUGAUUUGUGCAAAUAGUGAACGUUGGCCACAGCACAGUAUCUAACAGAAUACACUUCUACACAAAAAAGCUAAGCAUUGUAACCACCUUUUCUGGCUGUUGAGUAUUCAAAAUGACAGAAAGUUUCCGCCCAGUCAAGGUAUCAUGGUUGAACAAGUUUUAAAUAGGUGAGGUUUGACUUUACCUCUUGACUAAUUUUGCUAGAACAAAAACAAACGCUUGCAAAGUAGUGAGGGUAAACAUGGGUUUUAAAGAUGAGCGCCGAAACAGAUUGCAUUCAAAAGCCACGCAUGUUGUUAAAACGUAACGGGGAACGAGAAAACGAAAUAUGGUAACAAAACGUACCUUGAACCCUAGCCCUAUCAGGAACUUUGGCCCAUUCAACCAAAACUUUCGAAAAUUUGGAAACAGCGGCAAAUGGUGCAGCAAUUUUCCGGAAAAGUUUCCAGAAAAUCCGGAAAAGUGUUGAAUUUCCGAAAUGCGAACCAUAUAACAGAAAAUUCUAGAAUUUCCGGGAGCAAAGUUGAAUGGGAAGAAAAUUUCGGGGAAAAAAAGUUUCGAAAAUUUGGGUAUACCUCGUGAGGUUGUCCUCUUUUUUGGAAAUUUUGGGAAAAGCUGUUCCAUUCGCUACUGGAAGUUGCCGAAAAUUCAAACCGGACAUUUUGGUUGAAUGGAAAGCGCCCUUUAUUUUCAAUUCACGGCUUCAGUUUCCCUUUCCCCGUGCUCGUUGCCCGCUCCCGGGUUUAGUAGCAUCCUAAAGGCGACCCUUACAAACGGUGGGUUCAAGUUAAAUAAUUACAUAGUUUUGUAGUAGGUAUUUGUAACGAAUUGAAUAUGUUUUUAUCGGUUUUAAUCUUUCAUUCAGAAAGCGUCCCCUUACGAAAUAAUUGUUUUGUUUUGCGUUUUUUAAAUUUGUAUCAGAAAUCUUAUUUUACUCACUUUUAACUUCAGUGAAAUGCUUUCAUGCUGUAGGUUUGCUUAAAGCAACCUGCGCCCCGGUUUUUAGUACCUAAUCGUUUUAUUACAAGUAUAACGGAUGAUUUUAGAUAAUAUACUACUUGUAGGGGAUCGGAGUUUGAUGGGGAUGUGAUUUAGCUGAUUUACCAGCGUGACAGGUAAACAGGGGUAACAUUUGAACUUCAGUAGACUAACGAGUACAAGUCGUUCAUUUCACUCAAAUAUAAGUGAACAAGCAGUUACUAGAAGCACACGAUUAAUCGUCGCCCUCGCGCCAGCGCGAUCGAUGAGGGACCUCGUAAUUUGACAACAUAGUGCAAAACAUGGAUACUUUUAAAUAACCAUUAAAGACGCUAGGAACUAGAGAAUAUUAAGAAGCUGUAAACAGAUAUUAAUACAUUUAUAACCGAGCUACCUAUCAAAAAGUCUCAAAACCAUGUUACCAUCAUGAUUCCAGACGUAGAAAAAAUAAACAGUGUUCACGUAGAAAGAGGAGAACUCCACAAGCAUGCGAAUAUUCUUAUUUACGUAGCGCAGUUCAGGCCUCAAAGGUAC